AUGUCAUCGUCUAAUAAAUCUCCUUCUAAAAAGAAGAAGCAACAGUUAAAAAACUCUGUAAUCGCUGCUCCUGGUGGCAAUUAUGGGUAUGGGUAUUCUGGCAUGGUCGCGUCCUCCAAUAGUGCUAUAUCAAAGUAUGCGAAUUAUACAAAUGCAAAAACUGUCGUGGCCCUUGUGGACAAUCAAAAGGAGAUAGUAGAAACUUUGACAAUUCAGCAAAAUAAAUCAAUACAAAAAUUAAAUAAUGAUAAUGCAAAGCUUAUUAAAUCUAUAAUCAUCAAGAAUUUAAGCGAUAAUCAAACAAAGGUGGUGACAGGGUUGAGUGGAAAUCAUGCUGAUGUUGUAAAAACUAUGAACAAUAAUGAGGUAAAAAAAUCAAAAGAUACGCAUGAUGCGUAUGGAAAG